AUGACUAAGUGCAAAUUCACCUGCACCAGCGGAAAGUGCUUGUAUCUUGGUUCAUUGGUCUGCAACCAGCGGAAUGACUGUGGGGACAACAGUGAUGAGGAAAACUGUCUCCUGGUGACUGAGCAUCCGCCCCCAGGGAUCUUCAACUCGGAGCUGGAGUUCGCCCAGAUUAUCAUCAUCAUUGUGGUGGUCACAGUGAUGGUUGUGGUCAUCAUCUGCCUGCUGAACCAUUACAAAGUUUCCACGCGGUCUUUUAUCACCUACUCAGGACAGAGCAGAAGGCAGGAGGAUGGACUGCAGCCGGAAGGGUGCCUGUGGCCUUCAGACAGCACCAUGUCCCAGCAGGGAGCCUCAGAGAUCAUGUACGCGCCGCGGCCCCGGGACCGCUUCGCCGCGCCUGCCUUCAUGCAACGGGAGCGCUUUGGCCGCUUCCAGCCCACCUUCCCAUACCUGCAACACGAGAUCGACUUGCCGCCCACCAUCUCGCUCUCGGAUGGCGAGGAGCCGCCACCCUACCAGGGCCCGUGCGCACUGCAGCUGCGCGACCCUGAGCAGCAGCGAGAGCUCAACCGCGAGUCCGUGCGUGCUCCGCCCAACCGGACCGUCUUCGACAGUGACUUGGCGGUCGGCUCCCCGUUCCGCGGAGGCCCAUGCCCGCCUAGCUGCCACUCUGGCGUCAGCGCAGCAGGCACCGGCGGCGACGAAAGAGCCGAGGGUCCGCCCCCAGCCUACAGCGAGGUGGUGGGCCGCGGCCCCAAUGCCACGCUGCUGCGCCCCCCUGGCGCGGGCUGGAAGGUGGAGGGUCUCGCCUGA